GCGGCGCGCGCUGCUUCAGUCGAUGCGUUGACGUUGUCCGAUAAUAUAGCUUUAGUUUAUUUAUUUAUCUAUUUAUUCAUUUACUCUAAUUUAAAAUGCAUGUGUUGUUCUGUGUUUUGGCGGCAGCCUUGUUCUGUGGCGCGAGCGCGGGAACGUUGCCAUCAUUCAUCAAGGCGUGUUCAGUAUCUGACCCCAACCUGAACCAAUGUGUGGAGCAGGUCAUCACCUCCGCGGGGGCCAAGUUCGCGAACGGCAUCCCUGAGCUGGGCAUCAAACCCCUGGACCCGGUGGAGCUGGGCCGCGUGGUGGUGAACAACCCCGCGCUGAAGAUCACCUUCGAUGACACCGUCGUCACCGGCCUGUCGGGCUUCAGGAUCAACUCGUACAAGAUGCAACCAAACAAAGGCAAGGCGGAGUUGGACUUCACGGCCAACGUGACUCUGAAGGCGCACUACGUGAUGGACGGGCAGGUCCUCAUCCUGCCCAUCAGGGGCAACGGACAGGCCAAGAUCAAGAUCACUAACCUGAACAUCGUGAUCAAGUACGGGUACAAGACGGUGGACGGGCACUGGACGGUGACGGACCACAAGGACUCGUACAAGAUGGACCACGCGCACUUCAAGUUCACCAACCUGUUCAGCGGGAACAAGGAGCUCGCGGACACCACAGGCAGAUUCCUAAACGAGAACUGGAGUAUCAUCAUGCAAGAGAUAGCGCCGCCCGCUAUUGAACAGAUCAUCGCCAAGUGUGUGGACAUCAUCAGAAUGCUGUUCUCCGUGGUGCCGGCUGACGAGCUGCUCCUCCAGUGAACGCCGACACGAUCCACGCGGUGAUCAACGAGCACUGGGAGCCGGUGAUCCGCGACAUCGCGCCCACCUCCUUCGCCACCAUCAUCACGGCGUGCGUCGACGAGACCAAGAAACUCUUCGCCGCUGUACCCGCCGACCAGCUGCUCUUGCCUUGAUCACUCACCAUAGACAGCGUAGACCGCUCCUUUAAAUCAGAUCACUUCUAGUAACUUGAGAUAUAACUUAAGAGAUCGCGCAAGCUGAAAGAGUUCAGGGUGUGGGAACUUAGAAUAGGUACCUGAACUCUCUUGUUUUUAAAUACGUCCGGGGCCAAACAUAAGUCUCGCACGCACCAUAAGAAGUCUUCAUUCAAAAAAAAUAUCUAGCCUAAUUGCUGUUUUUUAAUACUUUACCAAUUUUAAUAACUGGACACAACGAUUAACCCAAUUUCAUAACGAAUUUAUGCGAUAAAUACUUAGUUGAUCUGGUAUAAUGUAAAUAAUCCUAACACUAUUGCUCGUCUGUCUUACCAAACGGUGCUUUGGAUCGCACCUCGGAUGAAUUCUUACAAUCUGCUUCCAAGCUUACUCGUUUAGUAACCCAGUGGACAUUGUAAAAGGUAAUUUCAGGAAUAGGUAAUUUCAUAUUAUUAACGUACGUCGUUUAGGAUAAGUAGGCAGGUAACUAGGUAAAUAGAUAUAAUUAUGCAUUAGUAAACAAUGGAAGAAAUUAAAUUAAUAUUUAUUGAUUAAUAAGUAGGUAUAGGUAAAAAGAAAACUCGCUACUAAGUAUCGUAUCACCGAACAAAUCAAAGUUAAGAGGAUAGGCCUUUUGUAGGGACUUGCAACCACCACGAUCACCCUCGACUAAUACUACGCUUAUGUAUGUGGUUGCUAUUCCAACAUUUUGGGACCCAACGUCCGUCGGUUUUUCGAACUCUAUGUAUCCCGCCCAUUGCUACUCCAGCUUUGUGGCUCGUUGAUCUAUGUCAGUGACUUUAGUUCUUCUGCGGAUCUCAUUUCGGACUUGAUCACGCAGAUAAACUCCAUAGCUUGUCCUAGUGUCUCUGAGCAUUAUUAUGACGUCCAAAGUUUGCGACCACUUGUUUCAUCGCUAGCUAGCUACCAACUAUAAUAUGGAUAUUAAGUAGUUAUUUGUAUUAAGGUCAGCAGUUAUCAAAGAGUAUAAUAAGUAUAUGGGAAAAGAGAGCCCUCUUGAAGAUUUUCUGUGGCUUAAAUUGAAGCGCCAACUGCGGUUUGGAGUAAACUUUUAGGUACUACUAAAACAGCGGCAAUUUUAUUUAAAUGGAGAUUUUUAAUCGAGGUUUAAUAAAACUCAAAAAAUAUUUAAAAAAAACGAAUUGAGAAAAACAAAAAAAAAAAUAUAUUGUGAUGUAAUCCAUUCCCCACCCGGGCUCGAACCCAUGACUAUUCCUAAUCCUAAUCCUAAUCAUAUGUAAAUUUGUUAGAAUCCGUUCGACCAUGUUCACCACUGGACCAAAUGACAGUUCUUGGCAAUGUUGAAAUUAAUAUACGCUUACUUUGUUUUACCCAAUAACUUACAAUCGCAAGCAACACAAUUUAAUUCAUGAUCAUACUGUAAAAACUGUUUAAGUAAUAUUCACGGGCAAUCGGACAAAACUGAGGAGUCAAAAUAUUUUUAUUUAAAAAAAUAAUUGCAGAAUAAAUAUAGAAAAGUAUAUGAAGUCGUAACUAUUUUGCAGACAUUAUUUGCUAUCAAACGCAUUAAGGACUGGAAAAUGGCUUGGAAGAAAAACGCCACUGCUCCAUGUUUUGCCUCCCCAUGAAUAUCACAUACUAUAAAUAUUUUGUUCCCGGAUUUAAUAUAAAGAUUAUUAUAUCAUCUUAGCCAAACACUCUAUGUUAACUUAUGCGUCUCAUAUUUUAUUAAAUGAAGAAGUUUGAUUUGCAAAACGAUUUAAAUAUAUAUUUCAUGUAGUGGUCUAUGAGAUUAUUACAAAGUUACUAUUUUUUUCAUUAUCGUUAAAAUUAUUAAAUAUUACGAAAUGGGCACACUAAGAUUAGCGAUGGAAUUACUGCCAUCUGUUGAGAUAUUUUUACCAACUUAGUCGAAAAGUUGUUUCACUACUAGAUCUAGAUGGCCUGUAAGUCAACAAAUUGCUCAGAAUGUAUGGAACUGUCCCCCCCCUGGCAGUUAUUAUCAGUGGGUAUUGCGUAGGGUUGUAAUUUCCGUGUAACCUGUAAUUUCCUAUCGCCUUGCAGAUUUCACAUGCAAUAUCCAUUUUAGUAAAAAAUGUAACCUACAUUUUCAACUUGAGACUGGCUUGCAUCGAAAUUAAUAGUGGUGCUAAUUCAUUUGUAAAAUUAAUAUGGUAAUGCCAAAGAUGGGUAAUGCGAUUGUGUUUUUUAAUUGGCGCAACCACAGAUUAUGUAGCAGUUUUUUUUAAGAAAAUGUUUGUUCAUAAAUAAUGUAGUUUCACUGAAAAAUAAAAUACCUCAGCAUGAAAAGGAAUUGAAAUUAUAUAUCAACAUAAUAAGCACUGGUUAAAAUAUACUUGUGGCGCCCAAAUCCAGGAUAAUAAAGGCAUUUUAGCUCUAUAAUUACAUUUAUGUCAUAAUUAAAACUAUCCCGGCCUUUUUAAAUAUAGAAGAAGGUUUUAGCCUCAAUUUUCUUCAAAGUAAAGAGAACUUUAAACAGUAGCAAUUAGGACCACUUUAAUUUGAAAAAAAAUUAGGUUUAAAUCUUAAUCCAUGUUAAUAAAUAAGACUGUCCAUGUUUACAGCUGCAUUAGCACCACUAUAUUUAAUAUAUAUUUUUUUACCAAUAUACAGACAAGACAUGUGAUAAUUAUGUUUAAGUUAGUUAUAAUAAUUAAUAUUAUAUUACAUAAUAAAGGAGUAAUUUGCUUA